AUGAUACUAGCCUUGUUUGAUGGUUUCCCUCGAUACUUUUUUUUCACAACGGCUAACCAAGACACACCCAAUUGCCCAGGGCUUGGUAAAGAAAUUGGUAAAAUUCUAGCUGCAAAAGGUGCACACGUUACAAUUUGUGCUAGAAAUAAGAAGGAUUUAGAUAUUGCAUUAGAAGAAAUAAAAGGAGCAGCACAACAUCGGAAUGAUUAUUCAAAAUUAAUUUUCAAUGCGAUAUCAGCUGACCUGACCAAGAAUGAGGAAUCAAUUCGUGCACUUGAUGAAGCAUCUGCCAAACAUAAUGGAGUUCCAGAUAUUAUUUUUUGUAAUGCAGGUUUUUGUUUACCGAAAGUAUUUAUUGAACAACCUAUUGAAGAUUUUGAAUAUAUGAUGCAAAUAAAUUAUUUUGGGGCAUUGUAUACCGCUCAUGGAAAGAUUAUUUUUGUUAGUUCAGUGGCAGCUCUUGUUGGAUUUAUGGGAUAUAGCGCUUAUUCACCGUCCAAACUUGCUCUAAGAAGCUUAACAGAAUGUUUGAGAAAUGAAUUGAUUCUUUAUGAUAUUGGAGUUCAUUGUUUUUUUCCAGGUACAAUGGAUACAGAUAGUGUAAAAGAGGAGAAUAAAAUAAAACCACAAGCAACCAAGAAAAUUGAAGGUGAUGACAAAGUUACUCCAGAACAUGCAGCAAAAUCAUUAUAUAAAGGGUUAUGUAAAGGAAACGUCUUUAUCACUUCAGACUUAUUAGUGUCUAAUUAUUUGGAUUGUAUCAAAACCCGUAAGAUUAAUUAA